UCUGAGGUUGGUAACUGAACCUGAAUGAAGCUGAAAAGGGUCAUCAGAACUCUGAAAAGGCGGUAACUGAAACUGAAAGCCCUUUGAAUCCUUUUCUUGUUCCUUGCUGCUGCAACCAAACCAAGAAAGCCCAGAGAAGCUUCCAAUGCAAUGCAAUGCACUGCUUCAUCUUCCUCCUCCUAUAAAGCCCCCCUCCCCAGGCCACAUUCCUCCCACCAUCAACAGCCUCCCAAGAAGAAUUCAGAGGAAGGGGAAGGGGGAAAAGACAAGAAGCCUUCUGCUCCCUGCCCUGCUCCCCCUCCGAGCUAUGGCCGCGAGGUGGGGUCCGCCUGCCGGUCUCGUGCUUCUGCUGCUCGCGCUGGCCCUGGCCCCGGCGGUGCGAGCGGAGAAGCCGGCGAGGGGCGAGCCGGCGGCCGCGGAGCCCGAGGCGUCCUCCGCCGUGUUCCCGCUCUACGGCGACGUCUACCCCCACGGCUUGUACUACGUGGCCAUGAGCAUCGGCAACCCGGCGAGGCCCUACUUCCUCGACGUCGACACCGGCAGCGACCUCACCUGGCUGCAGUGCGACGCCCCCUGCGUCAGCUGCUCCAAGGUGCCACACCCGCUCUACCGCCCAACAAAGAACAAGCUGGUUCCUUGUGUGGAUCAGUUGUGUGCAUCCCUUCAUCGUAGCCUGACCGGGGAGCACAAAUGCGACUCAGAUCAGCAGCAAUGUGACUAUGAGAUUAGGUAUGCUGAUCAGGGGUCAUCCAUUGGCGUGCUUGUCAAUGACAACUUUGCACUCCGCCUUGCAAACACCUCCAUUGUCCGCCCCAGUCUAGCAUUCGGGUGUGGGUAUGACCAACAGAUCGGCAGCAGCAGUGAGGUGUCACCCACUGACGGCAUGCUUGGGCUUGGGAGUGGAUCAAUUAGCCUGCUUUCGCAGCUCAAGCAGCAUGGUAUCACCAAGAACGUGGUUGGCCACUGCCUCAGUUUAAAAGGAGGGGGGUUCCUCUUCUUUGGGGAUGAUCUUGUGCCUUACUCACGUGCAACAUGGGCUCCCAUGGUUCGCAGUGCGUUCCGGAAUUACUAUUCCCCUGGCUCAGCAAGUCUAUACUUUGGUGGCCGGUCACUAGGUGUGAGGCCAAUGGAAGUAGUCUUCGACAGCGGCAGCUCAUUCACCUACUUUGCUGCACAGCCAUAUCAAGCGCUUGUCACCGCGCUUAAGGGUGACCUAAGCAAGCCUCUGAAAGAGGUAUCUGAUCCCUCCCUGCCUCUGUGCUGGAAAGGGAAGAAACCAUUCAGAUCUGUGCUCGAUAUUAAAAAGGAGUUCAAAUCAUUGGUUUUGAGCUUUUCUAAUGGCAAGAAGGCGCUCAUGGAGAUCCCUCCUGAAAACUACCUCAUUGUCACCAAAUAUGGGAAUGCAUGUUUGGGCAUCCUCAACGGUUCAGAGGUUGGUCUCAAGGAUCUGAACAUUCUUGGAGACGUUACAAUGCAGGAUCAGAUGGUGAUAUAUGACAAUGAGAAAGGGCAGAUUGGAUGGAUUCGUACACCCUGUGAUAGAAUCCCUAAGUUUGGAUCUUCCAUUCUGUGAUCAUUUCACACCCCUGUACAGUGAACAUACAUACCCUUAAUUCUUUUCUAUAUAUUCGAACAGCGACAAUACCAUUCAUGGGUUUGAGGAAGGUUAUUGUUGGCCUCAAUUCCCUGGGAUCAUUGGUCUUUGGAACGAAGAUUGCCCAGCCUAUUACCGUUCAAAUAAAGAGUGAUUAACAAGGGAAGGCCACUAAACUGAUGAAAGAACACAGGGUGAUUAACAAGGGAAGGAUGAUCAUCCGAGGGAGGCUGCACACAGAAUUAGGAACGUAUAUUCUUUAGGAAAAAGAAUGUAAACAUCAUAAUGUUCAUAUGAAAUAUAAUGAUCACCUUCUUAUGAAACUCCGCCAUAUUCAGCAUAUUCGGAUUUGUUCUUCGUGCAUUGUUUACUUGGUGUUGUAUUGAUGUAAUGCUUUUGAUUUAGGUGCCUUAGAAUUUCAAAGAUAAGACUAAGAAACUAAGCUGAAAUGUGUUUUGGUUUAAUUAUGAUCAGUGAUUGAUAUUGGUAUUUAAUUGGUUU